ACAAUCAAACAUUAUACAUUGUUUCUCUCUCUCUCUCUCUCUCUCUCUGGUUCGCUUGCUCGAUCGCAACACCGCAGGGCAGAUGAGAUGGCGCUCUUCUCACGCCUUCGACGUCCCGCGAUCUCUCGAGCUCGUUCUUUCUUUGUAGUCCGCCGUGUUUUCUCCCCCUCGUCCACCGCCAGAUCCACCUUACGCACAUGCAGUUUGCAACAAUCUUUUGUUAAUGCUGAUGCUGCACUAUUAAGGCCCUCUCCUUUCUCAACUUUGGUUGGAGUUCAUCUUACUCCUAACCUGAAGUUAACCAGCAUCAGAUGCUUCUCAUCUACAGAAGGUCCUCCGCAUACUGUAAUUAGAAUGCCAGCUUUGUCACCAACAAUGAGUCAAGGUAAUAUUGCAAAAUGGAGAAAAAAAGAAGGAGAUGAGAUAGGCUUUGGUGAUGUGAUAUGUGAAAUAGAGACAGACAAAGCUACCCUUGAGUUUGAAAGUCUUGAAGAGGGGUAUCUGGCAAAGAUAUUGGUACCUGAAGGGUCAAAGGAUGUGCCUGUGGGACAAGCUAUUGCAAUUACGGUUGAAGAUCAAGAUGAUAUCCAAAAUGUCCCUGUCCCUGCUACUAUAUCUGGUGGGUCAGGGGUCAAAGCAGAAAAAUUAACUCCACCAAAUGAAGUUAAAGAACAGGAGACAAAUUCUACUAAGAUCAAUGCAUCUGAACUUCCUCCUCAUAUCAUUCUUGAGAUGCCUGCAUUAUCACCUACAAUGAGCCAGGGUAACAUUGCUAAGUGGAGGAAAAAAGAAGGUGACAAGAUAGAAGUGGGUGAUGUAUUAUGCGAGAUAGAGACCGACAAAGCUACUCUUGAAUUUGAAAGUCUUGAAGAGGGGUUUCUUGCUAAGAUAUUGGUCCCUGAAGAUUCAAAAGAUGUCCCAGUGGGACGACCCAUUGUAGUGACUGUUGAGGAUCAAAAUGAUAUUGAAACUGUUAAGGCUUCCUUUGUUGAGGGUUUGGAGGCCAAAGAGGAAAAGCCGACCCAUCAUGAUACCCAAGCGGAAGAAAGAGUGGGGAAAGCAAGUUUUAAAAGGAUUAGUCCGUCAGCAAAGAUGCUAUUAAUAGAACAUGGAUUGGAUGCAUCAUCUGUAAUAGCAUCAGGUCCUCGUGGUACUAUGUUAAAGGGAGAUGUUUUAGCUGCAUUAAAAUCAGGGACAGGAUCUCCAAAAACUUCUUCAAAGGAGAAGAUAUCUCACUCACCUCAAGUUCAUUCUCGGACUUCUCUUCCAACUUCACCUGAAUCAAAAUCUCAAGUAAAACAGCCAGAUUCUUAUGAGGACUUGCCAAAUAGUCAAAUUCGCAAGGUGAUAGCUAAGCGGUUGUUGGAAUCCAAGCAAAAUACACCUCAUUUAUAUUUGUCCUCAGAUGUUAUAUUGGAUCCACUUUUAUCUUUCAGGAAGCAGCUCAAAGAGAAGCACGAUGUCAAAGUUUCAGUUAAUGAUAUUGUCAUUAAAGCUGUUGCAGUUGCUCUGAAAAAUGUCCCAGAAGCAAAUGGUUACUGGGAUGACGAGAAAGGUGAAAUUGUUCUAUUGGAUUCUGUUGACAUAUCAAUUGCAGUUGCCACUGAGAAGGGCUUGAUGACUCCAAUUGUGAGAAAUGCAGAUCAGAAAACCAUAUCAUCAAUCUCCUCUGAGGUCAAGGAACUAGCUGCGAAGGCACGAGCAGGGAAGCUUGCUCCCAAUGAAUUUCAAGGUGGCACUUUCAGCAUUUCAAACCUAGGAAUGUUCCCGGUGGACCAUUUUUGUGCGAUAAUAAACCCCCCACAGGCUUGUAUUCUUGCUGUUGGUCGGGGACUUGAAGUUGUUGAACCUGUAGUUGGAAGUGAUGGAAUUGAGAGGCCUGCAGUCGUCACAAAAAUGAAAUUGGCAUUAUCUGCUGAUCAUCGUGUUUUUGAUGGCAAAGUUGGAGGUGCUUUUGUCUCUGCUCUACGUUCAAACUUCAGUGACAUUGCAAGACUUCUUUUGUAACGAACGAGAAACUCCCUCAAAUUUGUACACGGUAUCUCUGGAGAAGAUUCGCAAUGAAGUGCGCGUCUUCAGACCCAAUCAGGUUUCCUCCAAGCUUGAGCAUUUUUGUCGCCGGCAUUUUGGCUCAACUUUUUAUCGACUUUUUUGUUUUCUUUCGGCAUCAAUUAUAUUGUGCCCCACCUGUUUGAAGAUGGGAACAAACUUUAGGAUACCUAUUGGAAAGGUUUUGGUGAUUUGGGUGUCAUUUCAUUUGAUUUUCCUGUAUCUUCUUCCAAGAGAACAUGCUGCUGCUUUCGAUGAGCGUUGUGUAAGAAAUAACGUUCCAAGAAAGCCUAGGUAGGGAUCGUGAUUUCCUUGCCCGAAAGACUAUGUUGCAACGAAAUAAUGUACGGCAGUACCUGAAGAAUCUUUUCUCAAUAAACUGCUAUUCAUUGGGUCAAA